UGUCAAGUAGAUCAUCCAACUCGACAACGCUGUGGCAUCUACAAAAAAAAGAAAGAAAAACAUCUACAUCAGUUUCAUUGCACCCAUUAACGCUUUAGAAGUUAGAACCGCAAAUAACAUUAAGAAAAACAGCAACUGAAUUCGCGGUGCCAGAAUUAUUGAAAAAUAAGGUUUACAAAUUUAAUCGUUACAUGACACUACGAGUGACAAUAUCAAAGAAUGGACAUUCUACUGGCAGAAAGGUCAUUGCUGUUCCUCCAACAUUUGUUGAAUUUCUUGCAGCAGUUAGUUUGUCACUAGGAAUAAAAGCAAAAAGGGUUUUCAACUGUCACGGAGGAGAAAUACAUGAUAUUUUAUUCAUAAGGGAUAAUGAACUACUAUACAUUUCUGAAGGUGGAGAUUUUUGCUCAGAAAGAGAAUGGGUGACCCUUAAUGUUGGUGGGAAAUUGUUCACUACAACUCGAAUGACCUUAACAGCCAAGGAACCAUUCAGCAUGCUUUCACGCAUGUUUACCAUUGAUUCUGGCCAAUUCAACCUUAGCCCGAGCUCGGUAGAUUCCAGCGGCGCCUAUCUGAUCGACCGUAGUCCGACAUACUUUGAGCCUAUCCUGAAUUAUUUACGGCAUGGUAAAUUAAUACUUGAUGCUGGAGUUAACGUACAAGGUGUUCUCGAAGAAGCCCAGUUUUUUGGGAUCGAAUCGUUGGUACCUCAACUCGAAAGUCUUGCCGAUGACGAGAAGUUGAAGAAAAAACAACAACCAUUAACAAGAGCGGAAGUGAUCAAAGCUCUGGUUCGUACUUCGCCAACAACUGAGCUCAGAUUCCAGGGAGUCAAUUUGGCAGAGGCAGACCUUUCAAAACUUGACCUGAGAAGCAUAAAUUUUAAAUAUGCUUGCAUGCGCGGUUGCAAUCUUUCCGGAGCAAAUCUGAGCUGGUGUAACUUGGAGCGUUGUGACUUAUCAGGUGCAAAGAUGGAUGGAGCCCAGCUUCUUGGAGUCAAAAUGCUUUGUGCUAUUUUGGAAGGCGCGUCGCUACGUGGCUGCAAUUUCGAAGACCCCGCCGGCAGUCGAGCUAAUAUGGAAGGUGUCAACAUGAAAGGGGCCGUUCUCGAAGAAAGUAAUAUGGCUGGUGUAAACCUUCGGGUAGGAACUUUGAAAUACGCAAAUCUUCAGAACUGCACUUUGAGAGGAGCUGUUUUGGCGGGGGCAGACUUGGAGGGUUGCGAUUUAUCUGGAAGCGAUUUACAGGAGGCCAACCUUCGUGGAGCUAAUUUAAAAGAUACGACAUUGGAAUUAAUGUUAAAUCCGCUUCAUAUGUCUCAGGCUAUACGUUGAGUUGUCUACUGCCAGUCUCUCCUGUUCGUUUCGAUAACGAAUUCGCGAAUUACUAAGCUUUAUAUUUCACAAAAUGUUUUAUUUUCAAAAACUAUCCUUUCACAGUUAUUGUUAGUGAUGGACACUUUACCUUCUAUAUAUACAUUUUUUUUUUCUGUUUAUUGAAUUACGGAAGUCUGAGCGUAUUGAUAUUUGAGAAAUUUUUGGUUCGGGACUUUUUAAGGAUAAAUAACAAUAAUAUACGUGGAACAUAAA